GGAUGCUCUGAGAUAAGCAUAACAAGUGAUCACAUUAGGCAUUACCUGAAUGUGCCCCACCUCAUAUUGCACGCACUGUGAGCGGCUUCUCAGAAGAUCAACAAGAGAGGCUCCAAAAAGACUCCCUGAUACCUAACAACCAUGAAGAGGACGUAUGUGGUUAGGUGCUCAAUAGCAUUUCUCCUGAUUCUACUUCAGGCUGAUGUCAUUGAUUCACGGGGAUCAAAGGGCCGUUCCCGUUCAAGCAGUUCAAAAUCUCCUUCCAGCAGUUCUUGGUCCCAAUUUGGCAGUUCUAGUUCUGAUUCGAUUGGUUCUAGCUCUGAUUCAGGCAAUUCUGAUUCUUCUUUUGGAAAUGGCCCAGGAAGGAGACAUUGGGAAUCUAGCAAAUCAGAAGGAAGUUCUACCAAUUACCUUCAACCCUCGCAAGAUCUGUUCCCCUCAAAACAUCGCCCUCAAUACCAUGGGUAUCCGUCACUAUACCCCUCGUAUUCAUACGAUUCCAAGCCAUGGAGACCGAAGCCACCCAAAGCCAGACUAAGGCAUGGCGGCUCCAUGUCCAACAUGGAAUUCCAUUUUAGGGACUCCGAGGAGGAACAGUGGUGGAACGAACACCGCAAUAGCUAUCCCGACAUGGUGUAUUUCCAAAAUGACUAUCAGUAUCCUGUUCCAGAGGAGGUCUUUGUGGGAGACUGUGUGAAUGUCACUGUGGGAGAGUUCAUCGAGAACCGAACCGAUGAGAUGGAAAUCAAGGUUGUGACGCACAUGGUUUGCCAAAUGUGCAAAGUGGAGUAUAAUGAAAGUAUAUUUCAACGUUUAGAAGAAAGCAACUCUGGGAAGAUACCCAAGAUGACAAAUACCGCCGAAGAAGUUAUCACCAGUAUUGAAGGGCCCAACGGAGGCCAUGAUAGGGUUGUGGCUCUAAACAUCUCCUUUUUGAUGAUGCUUCUCCUCCUCACAAAGCUUCUCUGUUAUUGAUCACUUGUAGAUCAUGGGCUGCCUGCUACCCUGAGGUUAUACACUUCCAUACAAGCUUAUGCUUUGUUGCUGAUCUCAUGAUAUCACUUUAAAUAAUUGCUGUAUCUUGAAAGGAAAUACUCUAAAAGCCAAAAUAUGAGGGUGGGUCCUGAUCAAGAGGGGUCUAAAUGAAAGCUUUGCGUGAGAAGGAAAUUAGGGUGAAGAGCUCUCCGAUGAAAGAUGAGAACGUUAUGGCCAACGCAGUCAAGUUGGAGGAUUUGACCUGACACCGCAGGAACCACAUCAGGAAGACCCCAAUUUGCCUGCUUCUGUCUUAGAUAAAGUAAACAUUAUUGAUGUAUUCAAAUUGCAAAAUAAAAAAAACUAGCAUAAUAAAGACC